GCAGCGAGCUGGGACCGGCACCGCCCGCACCAUGCGCUCCGCCAAGCCCUGCCGCAUCCUCCUCCUCAUCCUCCUCCUGCCGCCGCCGCCCGCCGCCGCCUACUUCGGCCUGACCGGGAAGGAAGCCCUGACCCAGUUCCCAUCCCUGGGCGCCUCGGGGGGCUCUGGCCCAGGCCAGGGCCACGUGAAGCAGUGCGAGCUGCUCCAGCUGUCCCGCAAGCAGAGGCGGCUGUGCCGGAGGGAGCCGGGGCUGGCGGAGACGCUGCGCGACGCCAUCCGCCUGGGCGUCCUCGAGUGCCAGUUCCAGUUCCGCAGCGAGCGCUGGAACUGCAGCCUGGAGGGACGGCCCAGCCUGCUCAAGAGAGGUUUUAAGGAGACAGCCUUCCUGUACGCCGUGUCCUCGGCGGCGCUGACGCACUCGCUGGCGCGGGCGUGCAGCGCGGGGCGCAUGGAGCGCUGCACCUGCGACGACUCCCCAGGCCUGGAGAACCGCAAGGCCUGGCAGUGGGGCGUCUGUGGGGACAACCUCAAGUACAGCACCAAGUUCCUGAAAAAGUUCCUGGGCCAGAAGAGGAUCGGCAAAGACCUGCGGGCCAAGGUGGACAUCCACAACACCAAUGUGGGCAUCAAGGCGGUGAAGAACGGCCUCAAAACCACCUGCAAGUGCCACGGUGUGUCGGGCUCGUGCGCGGUGCGGACGUGCUGGAAGCAGCUCUCGCCCUUCCAUGAGAUUGGGCGGCUCCUGAAGCUGCGCUACGACGACGCCGUCAAGGUCUUCAGCACCACCAACGACGCCGUGGGACACUCGGAGCUGGCAGGGCCACACAGACACGGCCACUCGGGCAAGCAGCCCGCCCUGCCGCGCCCCACCGACCUGGUGUAUGUGGAGGACUCGCCCAGCUUCUGCCGGCCCAGCAAAUAUUCCCUGGGCACCGCGGGCAGGACCUGCUCCCGCGAGGGCAACUGCGACAGCAUGUGUUGUGGCCGGGGCUACAACACCCAGAGCCGCCUGGUCACCUUCUCGUGCCACUGCCAGGUGCAGUGGUGCUGCUACGUGGAGUGCCAGCAGUGCAUGCAGGAGGAGGUGGUCUACAGCUGCAAGCAGUAGGGACAGCCCCAAGGGGCAAGGCGAGUCCAGGGGAGCAGCAGGGAGACAGGGACAUGGCUCUCUGCUGUGGGGUCAGGGUAAAGGUGAGCACCAAAUGUGUGCUGUGCUACACCAACCUCAGCGUUGAGAUGCCCAAACCUCAGCGUGAGAUGCUCCAACCUCAUCAUUGAGAUGCUCCAGCCUUGGCGUUGAGAUGCUCCAACCUUGGCACUGAGAUGCUCCAGCCUUGGGUUGAGAUGCUCCAGCCUGGGUGUUGUGAUGCUCCAGCCUGGGUGUUGUGAUGAUCCAACCUCAGCAUUGAGAUGCUCCAACCUUGGCACUGAGAUGCUCCAACUUCAGCAUUGAGAUGCUCCAACCUCAUCACUGAGAUGCUCCAGCCUUGGGUUGAGAUGCUCCAACCUCAGUGUUGAGAUGCUCCAUCCUUGGCGUUGAGAUGCUCCAGCCUUGGGUUGAGAUGCUCCAACCUUGGGGUUGAGAUGCUCCAACCUCGGUGUGACAUGCUCCAGCCUCAGCAUUGAGAUGCUCCAACCUCAGCGUUGAGACGCUCCAGCCUGGGGAGAGCCCCUGCAUGAGCAGGGAAAACCAGAGGUUUUUUGUUGGAUAUGGGGUCAGGAAGGAGGGACAGAGAGCAGAGGGGAUGUGGGCACAGCAGAAGCCCUGAUGCAGCCACAAAUGUCCCUCAAGUUCAAACUUGUACUCACCUGUGUGGGAAAAUCCUCCUUCUGCGCCCCUCAGGUUUACUCAUGGAGAUGCAUUGAGGUGGUGACAUUAGGACACUGAGGUCUUGUGCCCUGGAUCCUGCAGAGAAGAGGAUUAAGGGACUGGGGAGGCCACAACCAGACUGGCCCAGGUGUGGCAGGGCCAGCCGUGCUCCUGCACCAGGGCAGAAGGACUCUGGCAGUGGGGAAUUGCCAGUGCCAUGCCCUAGGAGCUGGCUGAACCCUUUCUGCUGCCAACUCACCCACGCACUGCUGAAUAAUCUCAUUUUGGCUCAAGAAUUGUGCCUCAGAAACACCAGCUUACAAAGGGAGCUCAUGCCCAUCACCUCCCAGGUCUGUAGUUUGGAUAUUGGACUCCAGGUGCAUUUUAACCUUGCUGUUCCAGGUCACCUGGAACUGCUGCAGUGACAGUGUUUGAGCCAUAGGAACUCAGCUGAGGGCUGUGAAGUCACCCCUCUGCAGCACUUGGCCUCCCAGGGGGUAUUUAUUGGUGGUGAUCCAGGGGAUGGUGCCAGUUAUAAAUCUCUCUUCUUCCUCCUCCUCCCCAAUCAAUCAAUCAAUCAAUCAUCUUUUUGUACUGUGUGCAGCACACUCUGCCUGGUGCCUGAGGUGUGUCACAUCCCACAGUCCUGCCCUGUGCCAAUGACAGGUAAAGCCUCUGAAAGGGAAUUAGGAACCACGGGAGCCACUGAAAAAUUUGCCAGUCAUGAGUCACAAUCCCUGCCCUGAGAAGCUGGGUAUGUCCAGCCCCUGGGUAUGGUCCAGCCUGUGCAGGGUGAGGGAAGGUGGCCUGGGGAAAAAAGCACAGGCUCUUAUAGAGUCAUGAGCUUACUUUAAACCUUGUUUUUCCCUUUGAUUUUUAGCUAAACACACCAGACCCAGCCUGUUCAGUUCCUUCGGCUGAUUUAGGGAGCAGUUUUGGGAAUGGCAUAGGCACCCCCUGACCUGGCCACCAGGUAAAUGGAGGUGUAGCACAGCCUCUCUGGGUGUGCAUUUUCUGCUCCUGGGUUUUCCUGGUUGAUCCUGCAGCAGCUCUGGAUUGUCCCUGAGGUAACAAACCUGCUGUAUUUACUCUGGGUACAAACCAGCCAGAGUGCAGAUGGGCUGGUGCUGCAAAGAAUAUUGGAACCCUAAAGCUCAAAUCCAAAUUCACUGGCAGUGUAAGGGGUGAAGAUGCUGGUGUGGGUAGCAAGAUGGACUCAUCCACAGGUGGAAUUGGGCUGAAUUCCAGCAGGAUGGAGCUCUCCCCAGAGGUGUGGGAUCUGCCUGUGUGGAUCUGCAGGAGUGGAGCAGCUCAGCAACUCAUUACAGCUGCUCUGAGCAAUCCCCUGCAGUGAAGAAUGUGUGUUCACACUCUCUUUACCUUGACUUUGUUGCCCUUUUGGUUUUUACAACUGUUUUUGACUUCUGCUCCCUCCAGUGCUGGCACGGAGCAGUCUCAGGCAGAUCAAGCAUUAACUGGCUGUUUGGAGGCCACUUCCCUCUCACCAGCUACAGGUCCUUUAAAGGGCUUAUUCCUUUUUAUCCCUUUUCUGGCUCACGUUGACUUGAACUGAAUUAAAGAGUUUAUGACAGACAUAAUACUGCAAAUAGGCUUAAUUAGCCUUACUUUUUUUUUACCUCCUAAAUACCCAAGAGCAGACCAUUAUUUAUAUGUUGCUUUUAAUCCUUUUGGAGUUGAAAUCUUCCCACGAGUCUCAAUUUUGAGCACUCAAUGAAAAAGCUUCCAAAUAAGCUAAAAUUGGCAUUGUGGGUGAAGUGAGCGGGGAACUUGCUCUGGCUGAACUAUUGAUCCCAAACCCUCUGCCCCACUGACCUCCAGCCUUGUCCAGCACCAGAGAGGGAGGGAAUACCCCAAUUUGGGAGGGUACUUUGGGAUCCCAUGCCAUUACAUGGAUCAUUCCCAUUUAAACAGGAUCUGUGGCUCAGUGGAAAGAGUUGGAUCCCAUUCCUUGGGAAACAAGUGGAGGAGGCACCACUCUGUCCUCUUGCUUUUAUCAAAGCUGCACAGGAAUUGCUGAAUAAGAACUGGACAAAACCAAAUGUCAGGGAAAAAUAAGUUUCUUCAUGUACCAAAGGGGACUUUUGGAAAUUCUUUGUCCUGUGUGGCUUACAGCUGCUGGAGAAGAUCUGAGGAAGAGAUGGUUCAGUCUCUGGUACCCAGGGGUGGGUUUGGGCUCAGUGGGCUGUGGAGGUUUGGCAUUGGGCUGGAGUGAAUUUGGGUUGUUCACUGUUAAACCAGGUCUGGACAAGGACAUCUGAUGUCCCCCAGUUUUGCUCUGGUUAACUCAGAGCCCCCUUCAGCCCCUCCUGGCACUGCUGCAAAUCUUCCUGUCCAACCCCUGCCAGGCAGCCCAGCCUCAAGGGCUGGAAACAAAAUUAUGAACAUUGAUGGGAAAGAAAUAAAUAAUUACAAAUGCCCAGUUUGAGGAUUGGAAAGAGACUUGAGCAUAGUUUUAGUUUGAGGCAACACUGAUGUCAAUCUGUUUGGUGUCCUUCAGCACUGAGUUUUUUAGAGAUGGUCCCAUGGGUAAGGGAGGGAAAAAGUUUGCUUGGGACAGAUAUUGUGGUGGUUUUGAGGUUUUUAUUUCAUUCAGUUGUCCAGGGCUAUUUUGUUGGGUUGAUAUUCCAAAUGUGAUUUAAUUCAACUGACACCAGUGGGAGCAGGGAGCAAAACCUGAGUCUGUAUGGCCCUCAAUAUUCUUAGGCUUGAAUUGUAUUUUGCUCUGAACCAUGAACAAAGCUCUUCUGCCACCUCCCGGAGCUCUGGGCUGUGUAGAUCUGGAAGUCCAUUUGGACUUUUUAGUUGUGCCACACACCUUAAAUGUACUGCAAAUCCUGUGGAUUUGGUUAUAUGUGUAAAUGACUGGAAUAACAAGGGGAUUGCAUUAGGUCUUGACAAAGAAAUCUUCUCACCAGCAAAGCUGAAAUCUCAUACCCUGCCUAUAAAAAAACCCUUUUCCAAGUGCAAAUGUACCUCAUUGACUACUGAUGGUAAAAGUCUGAGCUGCACAGGCUUUGCUGGGAAUGUUUUGGUUUGGACUGAAUCUUCUCCUCUGCACCUAAAAUCCAAAUAACCUGGAAACAGCCAUAGCUCCAAACCAGGGUCCUUACUGCACACACAGGGGCUACACUGCUCACACAGGUUUGUCCCUGUCCCUGUUCCUGUCCCUGUCCCUCUGUGGACUUCCUACUCCAGCUUUUAUUACCUCUCCUGGUGUGUUGCAUUCCCGGGCUUGGUGGUCAUGGAUCCAGCAUGUCUGUUUUAUGGGGGAAAUUGAAAUCCACCAUCCAUCCAUCAUCCAUCCAUCCAUCCAUCCAUCCAUCCAUCCAUCCAUCCAUCCAUCCAUCCAUCCAUCCAUCAUCCAUCCAUCCAUCCAUCCAUCCAUCCAUCCAUCCAUCCAUCAUCCAUCCAUCCAUCCAUCCAUCCAUCCAUCCAUCCAUCCAUCCAUCCAUCCCACAGGCUCUCCUGCAAGUGUCACUCUGCACCUCGUGUCAGACGUGGAGGACAAUUUCAGCCAAAUAAAGAUGUCACUUAAGGAAAAAAAAAGUCUGUGCUUUAAGGGAAAGAAAACUUAUGUCUACCUCAAGAUGUAUAACUUGUGUGACAAGAAGUAUGGGUGUUAUUUAUGUUUCUUGUAUUUCCUCUAGAAAGAAAGUGGUGCUAUGGGGUUUAAGUUGCAUUACAAUCCUGCUUGUACCUUGUGUUAAUUUUUAUAAAUUCAUUUUGAUUAUAAUGUGUUGUCCAAUGUUGCACAAGUGUCUGCAUUGCUGUGUUCUUGUCAGUCAAUAAA